GCUCCCCGUCCGGGCCUCCCUUGCCGCCACCGCGGGGACGCGCCGUGUGCUUGCUCUGCUCACCCGGUCCAACCCUAACCGAUCCGCAGCUCACGACUGCCCCGCACGGCCGAGUGCACGAGCUCUCCCGCUAGUCCUCUGUCCUCGGCCACUGAAAUUCACGGGCGGGUCGAGGGGUCCAUUGGAGAGGACGGCGAGGGGCCGGGGGAUAGGAGGAAGCCAAAGCGAGGAAGAAGAGAGAGACGAGAAGGGAAGGAGUUUGGGGUGUGGGACCGGCAGAUUCAGAGGCGUUUUUGCUCCGAAUUUUCAAGCGAUUGAGGCGCGAGGAGCAAGCGAGAGAGGAGCGGAGAUGGUUGUGGUGAAGCAGAGGAGGAUGUCGGGAGAGAGCUCAGACAACUUCCAACUGCUUCCGUCAAAAAGAACAAUUUGCAACUGAGAGCUUCGCUAGGACGAUGCUGAUUGGCGGCGCCGUUGCUGUGCGGGUGCAGGUGUUCUGGCCCAAGAUCGUGCUCAAGAAGUGGCUCAACCUCAAGAGCAAGGACUUGGACUUUGGCGCCGACGAGUACGAGGACGACGACGACGGCAGCGACAUUGACGACCAAGAGAACUGCGGUUGCGACGACGACGGCGCUCAGAUCACCGAUGAGAUCCUGGAGGGCGCGCCGUACAAGCUGAGGAGGACGAACUCGGAGACCCUGCGCGCGCAGUACAUCAACACCAAGGAGCUGAGGGUCUGCGUCGGCACCUGGAACGCCGGCGGGAGGGGCCCGCCGGAGGACCUCGACAUCGCCGAGUGGCUCGGCACCGGCGGCGACGCCGAGCCCGCCGACAUCUACGUGCUCGGGUUCCAGGAAGUGGUGCCGCUGAACGCCGGCAACGUGUUCGGCGCGGAGGACGGCCGGCCGGCGCGGGCGUGGGAGUCCGUGAUCCGCGGCGCGCUCAGGCGGGCCCAGCCGUCGAAGCCCAAGUACAGGUUCUACAGCAACCCGCCCUCGCCGUCGCGGUUCGACCCGCCGGUCGACGUCGCGGCCGCCGCCGACGAGCUCCUUCCCGGCACGGACACCGAGACCGACACCGAUGACGACGCGCCGUUCGCCUUCCCCGUGCGGCCGGAGCAGUUCGUCGCGGCGACCCCGAGGAAGCUGAGCAGGCUCAACCACUUCAGCGUCGUGGAUGACUCGGAGCUCAACGGCGACGAACCUGACGAGCUUGACCAGGAGCCGCAGCCAGAAGCUCCGCAGAGGACGCUUCUGAGGUCGCUGAGCAGGGCGGACAGGGUCGGGCUGGUCUGGCCGGAGCAGCCGCUGGACCUGGUGCCCGCGCGCGCCAUGAACGCCGCGUCGUCGGCGUCGUUCAAGGCGUCCAGGUCGUUCAGGGCCUACAAGUCGUUCAGGGGUUCGUCCCGCGUCGCCGACGCGCCGGCGGACGACCUGCCAAUGAUCCCGGACCUGGACCUCGACGGCGCGCUGCGCAAGAAGAGCCGGUCGCCGUUCGUGAGGAUCGUGAGCAAGCAGAUGGUGGGCAUCUUCCUGACGGUCUGGGUGAGGAGGGGCCUCAGGAAGUGCGUCCAGAACCUCAAGGUCUCCACCGUCGGCGUCGGCGCCAUGGGCUACAUCGGCAACAAGGGAGCCGUGUCAGUGAGCAUGUCCAUCUACCAGACCAUGUUCUGCUUCGUGUGCUGCCACCUCGCCGCCGGCGAGAAGCCUGGCGACGUCCACAAGCGGAACGCCGACGUGCAGGAGAUCCACCGGCGGACGCGUUUCCCUGCCCCGGGUGACCAGCAGCUGCUCAGAGACAUCCACGACCAUGAUCGGAUCUUCUGGCUGGGUGAUCUGAACUACCGCCUCGACGUGUCGUACGAGAGAGCCCACGAGCUGAUCUCGACGAAGAGCUGGUCCAAGCUAGCCGAGAUGGAUCAGCUGAAGCGCGAGCUGAAGAAGGAUCGGGCGUUCGACGGGUGGACGGAGGGCGUCCUCGAGUUCGCGCCGACUUACAAGUACGCGCUGAGCUCCGGCAAGUACAUCGGCGACGAGCACAAGGGCGGGCGGCGGACCCCGGCGUGGUGCGACCGGGUGCUGUCGUACGGGAAGGGGCUGCGGCUGCUGAGCUACCGGCGGUCGGAGCUGGCGCUGUCGGACCACCGGCCGGUGACGGCCACGUACGCUGCGGAGGUGGAGGUGUUCUGCAGCCGGAAGCUGCAGAAGGCGCUGACGCUGACGGACGCCGAGGUGGAGGGCGGGCAGGUCGUGCCGGACCUCGAUUUUUGACGGGGGUCCGGCCGGGAGCCACCGUGUAUGUAUGUUGGGGAUGCCUGCAGGAAGUUCAGAACUUUGUAAAGGCUAGCGCAUGGUACCUUACUGCCUGCUCCGUGCUGAUAGUGGAGGAUAACCGGGAGAGCUUGUUGACAUUGCUCCUUGUGUUUUGGGCGAAAUGGUCUUGUAAAUAUGGGUAUCCCCAUCGAAGCUUGAGGGGAAUGGUAGUCUGCUUCAAAAUGCCAGUUUUCUCUAA